AGCUAAAUGUCAAAAGCAGAGUUGGAAAACAUUCAAAUGGACAUCGACAGACAAAAAGAACAGAUGGACGAAACGCAAAAUGCUAUAAUCAUGGGAAAGAAUGAACUGGAAGAGAAGCUUGCUGGCAUGCAAAAACAAACGGAGGAGGUGGAAGCAAUCAUUGAAAUGACAAAGCGGGAGAAGGAGGAUGUGAUGAGGAUUAAGGCUGAAAUAGAGGAACAGAAAGAUCAAAUGGAAGACAAUCUGAUGGAAACUCUGAAACAUGACAGAGAAGAACUUGAACGUCUAAAACAUAACAUACAAAUUGAAAAUGCGGACCUCGAAAAAAUUACACAAUUGGCAAUGAAAGGUCGGGAUGAGUUGGAAUUACAAGUGUCUGAAAUGCAAACCCAAAGAGAGGGAAUAGAAAAAGACAAACAAAAGAUACAAGAUGAGGUGGAUGAGGUGGAACAGAUCAAGAUGGAGUUACGGAGAAGGUCAGAGAAUCUAGACAAAAUAAUGGAGGAGACCCAGACAGAAAAGGAGAAUGUUGACAACAUGGCUGUCCAAAUCCAGAAGGAGAAAGAGGUAAUUGAAAGCGUUGUUGAGGAUAUCAAGACAAAGAAGACUGAUAUGGAAUUGAUGAAAGCUGAGAUUGAGACAGAGAAACAAGAGACAGAAAACAUGAAGGAUGUGAUAUCAAGCGAGAAACGUUAUUUGGAGCAAAUGAAGAUUGAGAUGGAAAAAGCCAAGGACAAGAUAGCAAUCGAUGUUGGUGAUUUGGAACAGAAAAGGGCUGAGAUUGAGAGAGAAAGAGAUGAAGCAGACAAGAGGAUGGUUGAAUUGAAAGAGGAAGAGCAAAGUAUGAAGGAGGAUAUUAAGAAGACGAAAGACAACCUAGAGCAGAUCAAUGCUGAAAUACAAUUACAGCGAGAGGACAUUGCAACCCAAAUGGAGGAGCUAAAUGUCAAAAAAGCAGAGUUGGAAAACAUUCAAAUGGACAUCGACAGACAAAAAGAACAGAUGGACGAAACGCAAAAUGCUAUAAUCAUGGGAAAGAAUGAACUGGAAGAGAAGCUUGCUGGCAUGCAAAAACAAACGGAGGAGGUGGAAGCAAUCAUUGAAAUGACAAAGCGGGAGAAGGAGGAUGUGAUGAGGAUUAAGGCUGAAAUAGAGGAACAGAAAGAUCAAAUGGAAGACAAUCUGAUGGAAACUCUGAAACAUGACAGAGAAGAACUUGAACGUCUAAAACAUAACAUACAAAUUGAAAAUGCGGACCUCGAAAAAAUUACACAAUUGGCAAUGAAAGGUCGGGAUGAGUUGGAAUUACAAGUGUCUGAAAUGCAAACCCAAAGAGAGGGAAUAGAAAAAGACAAACAAAAGAUACAAGAUGAGAAGGAUGAGGUGGAACAGAUUAAGAUGGAGUUACGGAGAAGGUCAGAGAAUCUAGACAAAAUAAUGGAGGAGACCCAGACAGAAAAGGAGAAUGUUGACAACAUGGCUGUCCAAAUCCAGAAGGAGAAAGAGGUAAUUGAAAGUGUUGUUGAGGAUAUCAAGACAAAGAAGACUGAUAUGGAAUUGAUGAAAGCUGAGAUUGAGACAGAGAAACAAGAGACAGAAAACAUGAAGGAUGUGAUAUCAAGCGAGAAACGUUAUUUGGAGCAAAUGAAGAUUGAGAUGGAAAAAACCAAGGACAAGAUAGCAAUCGAUGUUGGUGAUUUGGAACAGAAAAGGGCUGAGAUUGAGAGAGAAAGAGAUGAAGCAGACAAGAGGAUGGUUGAAUUGAAAGAGGAAGAGCAAAGUAUGAAGGAGGAUAUUAAGAAGACGAAAGACAACCUAGAGCAGAUCAAUGCUGAAAUACAAUUACAGCGAGAGGACAUUGCAACCCAAAUGGAGGAGCUAAAUGUCAAAAAAGCAGAGUUGGAAAACAUUCAAAUGGACAUCGACAGACAAAAAGAACAGAUGGACGAAACGCAAAAUGCUAUAAUCAUGGAAAAGAAUGAACUGGAAGAGAAGCUUGCUGGCAUGCAAAAACAAACGGAGGAGGUGGAAGCAAUCAUUGAAAUGACAAAGCGGGAGAAGGAGGAUGUGAUGAGGAUUAAGGCUGAAAUAGAGGAACAGAAAGAUCAAAUGGAAGACAAUCUGAUGGAAACUCUGAAACAUGACAGAGAAGAACUUGAACGUCUAAAACAUAACAUACAAAUUGAAAAGGCGGACCUCGAAAAAAUUACACAAUUGGCAAUGAAAGGUCGGGUUGAGUUGGAAUUUCAAGUGUCUGAAAUGCAAACCCAAAGAGAGGGAAUAGAAAAAGACAAACAAAAGAUACAAGAUGAGAAGGAUGAGGUGGAACAGAUCAAGAUGGAGUUACGGAGAAGGUCAGAGAAUCUAGACAAAAUAAUGGAGGAGACCAAGACAGAAAAGGAGAAUCUUGACAACAUGGCUGUCCAAAUCCAGAAGGAGAAAGAGGUAAUUGAAAGCGUUGUUGAGGAUAUCAAGACAAAGAAGACUGAUAUGGAAUUGAUGAAAGCUGAGAUUGAGACAGAGAAACAAGAGACAGAAAACAUGAAGGAUGUGAUAUCAAGCGAGAAACGUUAUUUGGAGCAAAUGAAGAUUGAGAUGGAAAAAGCCAAGGACAAGAUAGCAAUCGAUGUUGGUGAUUUGGAACAGAAAAGGGCUGAGAUUGAGAGAGAAAGAGAUGAAGCAGACAAGAGGAUGGUUGAAUUGAAAGAGGAAGAGCAAAGUAUGAAGGAGGAUAUUAAGAAGACUAAAGACAACCUAGAGCAGAUCAAUGCUGAGAUACAAUUACAGCGAGAGGACAUUGCAACCCAAAUGGAGGAGCUAAAUGUCAAAAAAGCAGAGUUGGAAAACAUUCAAAUGGACAUCGACAGACAAAAAGAACAGAUGGACGAAACGCAAAAUGCUAUAAUCAUGGAAAAGAAUGAACUGGAAGAGAAGCUUGCUGGCAUGCAAAAACAAAGGAGGAGUUGA